UUCGUGGGUAAAACUUAGGAUCAUUUUAAUUUGACUCUAAUCCAUACUUUUAAACAGUUCAUUAUUGAAAGCAAUAAGUCAUCAGUGUGAAAUUUCACAAAAAGAAAUAAUGAUAUUACGAUCACAUCGUAUCGGAUUAUAGUGAGAUAAUGCGAAUUAAUUUAUUGACUAGACAACCGUGACAGUGUUGUCUUGGGGGCAUUCUCUACAGUGGGCACAUGCUAGCAAUCAGUCGGAGACAUUCUCUCCACAAACACGGUCGCUUUUGAUAUAACUUUUAAUUUCCUUUUAUAAUGUUAUUGUGUUUUGUGUAUUUUGUGAUCGUUUUAGAUCAUUUUAUCAGUGGACAAAUUUCCGAAAAACCCAACAUUGUCAUAAUUGUAGCAGAUGAUUUGGUUAGUCAUUCUGAUAUUUGUUAUAAUAAUCCAAAAGAUAUUUUUCAUUUCUUCACAUAACCAGUUAAAGUAACAAGUUCGCAAAUGAGAUAGCAAACAAGUGUAGGAUUCCAAAGUGUGAAAUAAUUCAUAAAUUGCAAGCAUACAAAAUUAUGCUAUCGAAUUCAGUGAAAUAUUAUAUCAACAUUAAUUUAAAGGGCUCAAAUGAUGUUAGUUUUCGGGGUUCUAAUCAAAUACCCACCCCAAAUAUCGACGCUCUAGGUUAUCAAGGUCUAAUACUCAAUCGACAUUACGCCCCUGCACUAUGCACUCCUUCAAGAGCUGCCCUCUUAACCGGAAAGUAUCCCAUCCAUUUGGGGAUGCAGCACUAUGUCAUCCCUUCAGAUGAACCAUGGGGACUUCCACCUGGCUUUAAGAUUCUACCUCAAUAUUUAAAAGAAGCUGGAUACAAGACAAGGAUAGUUGGAAAGUGGCAUUUGGGGAUGGCUAGGAAACACUAUAUCCCCACUGAAAGGGGAUUUGACUCCCAUGUGGGCUUCCUAGGACCCUACAUUGACUACUUCGACUACACACUCAAGAUGACCAAUAAGAACUACAGUGCGGGCUUUGAUUUUCGUCAAAAUGAUCAUAUUUAUCGUGAAAGAGUGGGUGAAUAUGCGACGGAUGCGAUCACAGAAGAAUCAUCGAAGGUUAUUCGCGACCAUGAACCCUCCAAGGGUCCACUCUUUCUCUUUGUCGCUCAAGUCGCCCCACACGCCGCAAAUGAAUAUGAUCCACUUCAAGCGCUGGAUCGCGAUCUCCAGCAAAUGUCGCAUAUUGAGGGGGAGAAGCGGAGAUAUUAUGCUGCAAUGGUGGCAGCUCUCGAUCGUUCUGUUGGGAGAAUUGUCGAUGCACUCUGGGCGAAAAAUAUUCUCAAUAACACCAUCAUUCUUUUCUACUCAGACAACGGGGGACCCACUCAUGGUCUUCACUCCACAACAGCCUCCAAUUGGCCACUGAGAGGGCAAAAAGACAGUCCAUUUGAGGGAGGAGUGAGGGUUCCAGCUGUUAUUUGGAGUCCUCUGCUACAAACGAAACAAGGCGUUAGCAACGUCCUGAUACACACGUCAGAUUGGUUGCCUACUUUUGCUAGCUUGGCUGGAAUACCUGCAGAAGAUCUCAGUGAAAUGGAUGGAUUUAACAUUUGGAAUGCUUUGAAUGAAAAUUCUACAAGUCCAAGAAGUGAAGUGCUUCACAAUAUUGAUCCAAUUACUGGCUACAGUUCUUAUGUCAGGAAUGGAUGGAAAUAUGUUAAUGGGACAAGAUUGAAUGGGGAAUAUGAUGAAUGGUAUGGAGAAAUAGAACCCAAUCAAUCUAUUUCUGUUGAAGAGUAUACCACAGCUGUCCGAGAGAGCUCAGUAUGGAAUAUUUUAAGUACUUACACAAGAACAGAACUGACUGAAUAUGAUAUUUUGGAUAUAAGAAAUUUGGCCACAACGAAAUGCAAUAGAGACAGCCUUCCCGAAAUUCCUUGUGAGCCACUGAAAGCUCCAUGCCUCUUUCAUGUUGACUCUGAUCCUUGUGAAAUUUCCAAUCUCGCAUCAAUUGAUCCUGAACGAGUAGCCAUGCUCAAAAAGCGAGUUGAUGAUUUUUCUAUGACAAUGCUAGCACCUAUAAAUGUUAAAGCGGAUCCAAAAUGUGAUCCAAGACAAUUUGGAAACAUUUGGACCUGGUGGUUGGAUGAACUAGAUGCCCGGAAUCAUAAUCAGAAUUUUGACGAGCUCUUUUGGAUUCUCGUUACGCUUACGAUUUUUGUGGGUCUCCUUGUAAUUGGUGUUAUUGUUUUCGGCUGCAAAAAACGACAAAUUUGUACCACAUAUAUUAAGAAAUAAUUUAAGUAUUUUUGAUAUUGUAAUAUAAUAAAAAAGGUACUCAUACUUUUAUAAUGCUUUAAUUGUUUAAUUAAAUGACUUUUUUAAUAAAUACCACUAUUAAACAA